AUGGCAGACACGCUACUUAAAUUCAAAGGAUACAAAUAUGGAAACCAAAAAAUAUAUCCACAUUUUAAAAAUAUAAGAGAUUAUGAUGUUUAUAAACAAAAUGAAUAUGAGACAGAUAGAAAGGAAAUAAGUUUAUAUGACUACAAUGAUGAGAAUAUAAAAGAAAAAAAUAAGUUAAAUGAUAAAUUUAAAAGGGAUAACAAUGAUAAUAAAGAUAGUAAUAAUAAACAUAACAAUAAAUAUAAUAAUAAAUAUAAUAAUAUAUAUAGUAACAAUUACUAUAAUAGUUAUAAUUAUAAUGAUAUUAAUAGUUAUUUAAAAAAAAAAAAAAAACGUAUCUAUUCAAAAAAAAAAUCAUUACUUCCUUUUGAGCAUAUUGAUAAUAAUAUCCAGAAUGAUGUAAAUAAUUCAGAUAUUUAUUUAGAAUCAUAUGUUAUAAAAAAAAAAACAAAAAAUAUCCCAUUAAAUAAUAAAUAUAUAGAAAAUUCAAAUAUAGAAUUAAAAAAUAAAUUAAAACAUACAUUAAAUCCAGCUUUAAGUUUAAUGGCUUCAAGAGCAGUAGAUGGAUUAUUAGGUGGCGUACAUAAACACAUGCAAGGACCAAUAGCUAUAAGUUCAGAUGGAAAUAAUUCUCCUUUAGCUAACCAAAUUGUAACACCAAAUGUAUAUGGUUCUCCUAAUUCUAUAUCACCAAUUAAUAUGACAAAUAAUAUUGCACCUUUAACAUCUAAUCCUUCACCAGCACCAUCUCCUCUUGCUCCACCUAUAGGUGCAUCCAUGUCUCCAGCAGCAACAACAACAAAUAUUCCAGGUGGAGCACCGAUAGCUGCACCUAACCUAAUGUCACAAGGAAUGCCAGGUGCUAUACCUACACCCCCAGCAGUUCAAAUACCCAAUAACGCUAUGCCAUUCAAUCCAAUGAAUCCAACUAAUGUUAUGCCUUUAAAUCAAAUCGGACAAAAUCCAGCAUUUAAUAUUCAUCCUACAGCUUCUAAUUUAAGAGGAGAUCCUGGAAAUGUCAAUUAUAAUGAAGUGGUCAGUAUUACAAUAGGUAUUGUUUUAAGUCUUGUCCUUUUCUGUUUUAUUUUCGGUUGCUUAACCAAAUUAUGUAAACCAAAAAAGAGAAGAAGAUGA